UUGGUUAAACAUCAAAUCUGAAACAAAAAAAAUGUCUUUGUACGAUGAUUAUGAAACAUUAAAAAAAUUACCACAAAAUCAAAAACAACAACGGGUAAAUAAUCCAAGUAUCAAAUUUCUAGAAUCACAUUUACGUUCAAAAAAAGCACUUCAUAAAAGCUCACAUAAUAAAUCAGCAAAAAAUAUCUCAACACUUGCUCCAGUCAUCGAUUUAUGUAAGAAUAACUCAAGUUCACCAAAUUCGUCCCAUAAAGAUAAAAAUUCAAUGGCAAAUGCAAACAAUUCAUUUUAUUUGGGAGUACAAUUUGAUUGGGGCUACGAAGAUGAAUAUGACCCAGCACAUCCUUGUGAUUAUUUUGAAGUACGAAAAGAGUUGCAAAUAUGGCACGAGAAUCAGGAAAAAAUGAAAGCUUUUUUGAAAGCGGAAGCAGUUCGGCAAGAAAUUUUGAAAGCGAAAAUGCAACAAAUCAAAUCACCUCCUGCCAAACUUCAAUUAAGCCCAAUCAAAUCACCCCCUGCCAAACAUCAAUUACCCAAGAAUUUCUUGAGUAAUUAUGGAUACGAUUCUGAUGAUAAUUCUGGCGAUGAAAAUGGAAUAAUAAAUUUGGGACAAUCGAAUCAACAUCGAAAAAGGGCUGAAAUUGCACCACCAUUCAGUUUAAUGGAAACAUCACAAUUUAUUCAAAAAGAUUUGAAUACGGCGAAUUUACCACGAAUGGGAGAAGUUGUAGCUGCAAAAAUAAUGGCAAAAUAUGGAUUCAAAGAAGGCCAAGGAUUGGGAAAAGAUGAACAAGGUAUGUCCACUGCACUUCAAGUUCAACGUACAGUCCGGAAUUGUGGACGAAUUCUCCAUGAAAAAGAUUUAAUGCCUCCACCAACUUCUCAAAAUACCCGCGUUCAAAAGUCGUCCAUUGAAAAUUCCUCUUCAAAUACAUCCAAUAAUAAUGAUCCAUCAAUGAUGAACGAGUUACUUAAGAACCCAAGUAAAAUUGUCCUACUUUCAAAUGUGGUUGGACCUGGUGAAGUUGACAAUGACCUGGAAACUGAAAUUCGUGAGGAAUGUAAAUCAAAAUAUGGGGAUGUUGUCAAAGUUUUGAUAUUUGAACGGAGUGCAACGAAAGUUGCUGAUGAAGAAGCUGUUCGGGUUUUCGUAGAAUUUAAACGACCCGAACAAGCGAUGAAAGCGAUUGUUGGUUUAAAUGGGCGAUAUUUUGGGGGGCGUACAAUUAAAGCGAAUUUUUACAAUGUGGAUGACUAUUAUGAUUAUAAUUUAACAGCAAUAAGACUACAGUCAGUAUCCCAAAAAUUAACGAGUUUAUCGACUGAAAGUUAA